AUGCAUAACGAGUUCGCUGAAAAUGUUAUGUUCUUGUUGCAGGUAUUUGUUGUUAAAGAACAACAUAAAUGCACACUAUACUUUUAAAAACAUGACACGUAUAUCAAAUUAACUAAAAUAUCUCGAAAUGAAGCAACGGAACGAAAAACUGCAAAAGCAAUACACUAUCCUUUUUAUAAUUAUUUUAAAUACGCCAAUUAACAAAAGAUUUCGUUUCAUAUUCUAAGAGAAACAGUUGUCUCCAGAAAAUAUCAUUACAGUAUUUUCACCAGAACGUGAGCCAAUUUUAACAAUUGAGGAUAUUAACCUGCAUGAAAGUUUACGUUUAACACCACAAUUCAAAUUAAAGUUGAAAAUUGUUUAUUCAUUUAUAGGUAUUAAUGUAAUCUAAUUCUUCUUUGGUAUUUAUAAAUAAAAAUGUUAGCCACUUAUCAUUUGUAAAGUACCUAUUGCUGUGUAAAGAAUGAAUGGUAUUAUAUUAAAAAAACUUCCUAUAUAUAGGUUGUUACAAAAACGUCCUCAAUUCGAAAUGCUGGGGUAUAUAAACCCACGUCCAAAUGCAGUUUUAGUCAAACUACAAGAGAGGCUAGCGUUGGAAACAACAUCAAGGUAAGGCAUUAUUUGAUUUAAUUUAUUUUUUGUUAAUUUGAUAUCAUCUUCAACUUUAUAGUAAAGAUUUGUGGGUAAUGUUCCAAAUUUUGCAGACAGCAAACAAAAUUUUUUGUUUAAUGUAUUCUUUAUAAGAAAAUCUUGCUUGGUAAAAGUCGAAACUCUUUUCUUGGAUGGAUGGAAGCCAAAAACGUUGCGCAGAAAAUUAUUCAAAUUUUCUCUUAAAGAUUUCAGCCCAAAUAAGUCGCAGUCCAAAACUAUUUUUUCCUUUAGUAUUAUUUUGGCCUUCUGCCAUACAGAUAAAGUAAUCUUUUAGUCUUAAACGGAGAUAUUUUUUUAGAUUUUAAAGGUUUUUAUAUGUUAUAUUUCCGCACAACAUUGAAAUAUAUUAACGAACUGCAAAAUUAUCAUUUGACGCAAAAUCGUCACGUUCAAUUUCAAAUGGCCUUCAAAUGAUCUUGCAAAUCUGGAUAAACUUUUCAUCAUUAACUAAGUAUUUAUAUUUCAGUUAUGGGAAAAAUUGAUAACGAAGCCUGCGAAUUACUGCAAUUAUAAUUAAACUUCCGGACAAAUACAUUUUAUGGACAAUAAGUUCAGAAAACUGGCCAAACGUUGGUUAGUUUGCAUGCAGACAACUACUUGCAGAUAGCCAACUUCCAAAUCAUGUUGGAAGAAAAAUGUGAUAUAGUUAAUAACUAUAUAAUUAUAUAUAUACUCGAAUUCCAUUUUAGUGACCCGAUUUGAAGUUGAAGAACAUGGCGAUGACUUGGGCAAUUUUUCUUGCCGUACUUGUGAGUUUCGAAAUUAAAAUACAUUUUAAAGAUAAAUUCAUAGCUUAGUGGUGUUCAGGCCAGUAAACUAUUCGAAGUGGUUUGUAUAAAAACAAUCCAAAUUCGGCGACUUAAAUUUAUCGAAAAGUGAUUGGCUGCUGAGGUUUUUCAGGUUGCAAAAAAGCGACUGUCUUAUUCCUUUUGUAGCAGCAAACGCACGUCAAAGACCCCAAAAUAUCGACUGUUUGAGGCAACAAUUUCGCUGAUUGCACGAAGGGUACCAUUCGGAACAUGUAGGAUUUUAGGUAAUCUUAAAGCCUAAAAAUCGUUGAUGGUUUGUGUGAGAGAAGACGUGCAUGGUUAUUUAAAUACUGCAUGUUUUUAAAUAAACACUUAUUAUAUUGCGAAAAUAUAACGAGAAAUUCUCUUUCCUGUCGUUUCGCCAUUGCUCAAGUAACUUGCCGGUAUGAACCGAAGAUACAUGGAGGUUGUAACGAACGCGCGAUCCAAUCAUAUCAAAGAACAAGGGAAGAACAAAUUAAUUAGCCACUCUUCCCCCCCCCCCCUGGGAAAAGACUUGUUGACCGUUCUACAUUACGAAUUUCUACGCCAUAGUUUAUUUAAAUUUGUUAAAAUGAGCGUAAUCUAGCUACAACGCGAAAUUCGCUUUCCCUGUCGUUUAUCUUCUUCGAGGGGCAGCCAUAUUUGUUACGAUAGACACACCGAUGGUCCAGCGAACACGCGCGCCAAUUAUAUUGACCAAUCUACAUUAGAAAUUAUAUACGUCAUGACUCGUUUCAGGCGGCACACUGUGCGGACACCCGAGGUGAUGAACUGGAAAAUACUAUAUUUAACAGGGCGAUGAGGGUAAGUGCUGAAUCACGUAGAAUAUACGAGAGCGAUAUAGUACAGAGAAGAAUUAGACGAUAGCUAUUAUAGUUUAAUUUAACGUAUAUUUUGUCAUCCAAACUUAUUUUCUGUUCACAUGCAAGAAAAUGUACACAUCCUUAUAAUAAUCAUAAAAAAUUUUUAAUUUAAAGAUGUUCAGUUCACAAAUCGCAAUUGCUGUGUAUGCACGGAAGUUAAAAAAUAUUUGUGAACGUAUAUCUAGUAAAUAGAGAAAAAAUCACAAUUGUUACAUUAUUGCAAUUAUAACAUGUGAGUUUUUUUCCAAAAUGUUGCAACACAAUGCAUAUACGUAUUACUGCAUGCAGUUUUCCAAGAUAUGCGCGACCAUCUCACCCAAAAAGGUCGAGAGGAUAACUAAACUUGUUUUUGACAUUUAAUCACGGUCACUGUUAUUCAAUAUCAGAAACAGUGGCGUUGCCAGCACGACAAUUCAGUCCCGCUAUGCAUGCAAAUUCAAAAUUAUUAUCAUUAUUCCUUUUUUAGACUCGAAUUGUUUGUUUUCACAAUCGAUGAAAAGUACGAAAAUAGUAGCAAAGCGGAUUAAAUGGUCGGGGUGGCUACGCUACUGAUCAGGAACGUCAACAACUGAACAAGGCCCGCCAAAUUGGCCGGUAUUUUAUAAACAUGAUGAUUCAUCGAGUUGAUAAUUGUACCGUUCGUGAUUCGAAUUUGGCGCGCUUUGUUCAGUUGCUAACGUUUUUUACAUUAGUAACCGCGCUCAAACACAACUAUCAAUAUUUUUUGAGUGAGGCUGUAAAUAUUCAAGUAAUUAAUUGACAUGAAAAAUUCAUUUUGUAGUACAAGGAGCAAACUGACCUUGAUCAAAAUGACUUUGCUAAAGAUGACGCUGCUAUUGCAAAGCGUACAGUCGGUAAAUAGAUUAGUACAAAAAUUCAUAGGUGACGGGGGAAGAGCCUGUUCUAUUUUUUGGCAAAUCAGCAGCCGGCGGAAUCCUAGCGUUUUCUGCAAUCUGAUUGGAUGCAGCAGUGGGCGAAAUUUUACGAUAUUUGACCACGGUCCGGAAUCCUAUACGUAAUGGCCGAAGCAAAGCAAACAUUUUUUGUAUGUUUGUUUUAAAACUGAAAAAUAUGAAUAUGUAAUUUUGAAAUAAUUUUCAUGAUGGAUAAAAUAAUUGUACUGUAUUUUGAUUGAAUUGUUUCUUUUCUAAAGUAAAAUAAUUAAAUAUCAAAAUUUUUUUAUUGUUUUGUUUUCUAUAUGGUCAAUCUAAUAAAACCGUUGUCUUUUGCCUUUGAGUCCUCGACAAAAAGAAUAAAUACGUUAUUUACCGUUUAGGUCGGUCCGGAUAGAAAAAUAUAAAAAUACAAUAACAAAAAAGAGUGGCCGGGUCACCGCAACAGCUUAUUGCCAAUUACUGCGGACCCAAUUAGUUACAAUCAACCAAACAACAGACAUUCAACUGGACAGACUAACAAACCUUUGAACAAACAAUAUUAGUUACUAAAAGCAGCAGGAUAUCGGAUAUGUAAGACUUGCUACACGGUUACCUUUCAGGCAUAUAGUUUUAAAUGUUCGAGGAUUAUCAGGAUUAUAAUUAACUUCUAAAGAUUUGUGAUAGUAUUCCAGUAAGGCUGAUCUAAAGGAAUUGAAGCAGUUCGUGUCAUAAUUUAGUUCAUCUACGAGAGAGUUCCAUAUUCGACACGUUCUGACAGAAAACGACUGCUGGUAGGUACUGAUUUUACAUUCGCGGACAAGAUAUUUAGCGUUAUUACUUGAUGAUGAUCGUGUCGUUCUUUGCAUAACAUGAAUGUCAGGAAGGUUAGAACGCUGCACAAGAAUCGGUGGGCCGCAAGUUCGAUUCCUAGCAGAGUGCCUGCAUAGUUGCAUUUUUCGCAGCUGUGCCUUGGAAGGCCUAAAUUAAUGUUGAACUCUCAUUGCCUGUGAAGGUAGUGCCUAUGAAUAAAAAGCUUUCGUUGGUAGCGAUGCAACUAUCUCAAAAAUAUCAGGACAAUUUCGACACUUCGAACGAUCCGGCCCUUUACAUCAAUCAAUUACGUUUACAUCCUAAGCCACUCCAUGAAUAUAACUAUAUACUUUACAUUCUGACAGGGGAAGUCGGAGUGAGUUAUGUCCGAUGGGGUAGAAAGACCUGUCCAAACACCCUUGGAACUACAUUGGUGUAUGAAGGUAAGAAUGAAACUGUUCUUUUCGUGCCACAGCGAGUUUUUCGACCUACCAGUAUAUAUUAGAGGCGUGAACUAUAAUCUCGAAAAAAGUCCAUUUGGAUAUUCAUAUAUAUGUGCUUUGUAUCACAUCCAUUAUUAUAAAUUAACUUUCCUUCGGCGCCAUUGCAACUGGCUGUUGAUUCCAUGCAGCUAAAUGAGACGAUGCCGGAAAAUAUGUAUUAUAAUUUGAUCCCUAUUGAAUAAAUUGAUCACUAUCGUAGCUAAUACGGUUCAAUGAACCAGAAAAUUGAACCCGGAACAUCAGGUUAUCCCAAACAGAGUUAGUUUUAUAUUAAUAAAAAAAUUUUUUACCAGGGUGUUUGCGAGUGCAACGACAACUUUAUUUAAAUUUUGUUAAAUUUGGAUGAAAUUUGGAUGAAAAAUUAGUAUUGUUUUGCCGGGCAGAGUAAACGUAAUACGGAAUUAGUCCAUUCUUACAAUUUAUGCAAUUCAAUGAAAAACUUAACAUUAUUUGCUGAGGAAUGUAUACAGUCUUCCAGUGCAUCUAGUUGUGACAAGGAGUAAUUGUAGGACUAAUUGGCAAUUUGUUCAGAAUGCUGUGCGAAUGAAAUGUUAUGGAUUUUAAGUACUAAUUAAAACAAUGGUAGGAGUGCAAUCGCGCAAUUUGAUUGGCUGCUGACGAGGCAGGAUUUUCCCGAAUUGCCCACGGGCAAUACGCAAUUUUUUUGCCCCGCUACAAGAGCCGAGUUUCAAACGGCAAAAAGUGUCUAAAAGUCUUUCAAAACUAUUCAAAACGAAGAAAAAUAAACCUAAACUAAAGAAAAGGAGCACCUUCUUUGGAUAAAGAACUUUCUCAAUAUGUUUUUGUUAGCGAAAGUCGAAAUUGCAAGGUAAAUUUUACAAUGUUUAUAACUAUUAAAGAAGUCAGGAAUAGCUGUGUUUUGACUUUGUGAAGAGCUGCAAAUCUUAUUUGCAGAUAGCCGAGGAAUUUGACACCAUCCUAAAUAAAAAUACAACUAAAGCAGCUACAGAUUUAUAUUUUCCCCUGAAAUUUCUGGGGUUUUUCGAUAAAAAGAGAUAUACUUAUGAGUGAAGCGAACUAAAACCGUACUUGUCCAUACUGUUUAUUAAUUUUAUUGGUUUCAUAUUUGUUGUCUUUGUCUUUGAUUAAAUGACGAAAUACCUCGUAUUUUUCUUGAAAUACUAUCCAACUGUGUUAGUAUUCUAUAUAAAAAUUGCUGUAGAGUAGUUUUACUAACCAAGCUUGAGAACAUUUUUUACAAUUGUUCUUUUUUGCAAAUGUUUCGCACUUUGUACUUUGCCCUCGCGUGACCUUUUUUACCCAUUUUUUACAAACGUACAAUGCCAUAUAAUAAAAAACUUACUGACCUCAACCGAUCGGGCAGUACGGGAAAAUAUCCAACCUCGGUCUUGCUGUAUUGACCUCGCUAUCGCUCGGUCAAUACAGCAAGACCUCGGUUGGAUAUUUUCCCGUACUGCCCUCACUCUCGGUCAGUAAGUUAUUAAUCAUAUUAAAGGGAAAUGGCAAUAUAAAUUUUUAUUUUCUCAUUUGAAAGAACUUUUGAAACUAUGUAAUAACUUAUUUUACCGAUUCUUCAUAUCUUACUUAGUUCUUGAAAUAUUUUCACUUAAGUAAUGAGAUGUCCGCCAUCUUGGAUAAUUUUUUGAUCUCAUUAACGGUUGUUUUGGUGAAGGUUACGACAUGGAUUAACCACAUAAAAGUAUUCGGCUUGCUGACCAAAUAUUAAUUGGUAGGUGUUUUAAAGGUUUUAAGUGAUGUUGAUAUUUCCAAGGGCAUACAGAGUAUAAUUUUGAGUGCAAAAUGAUCAGUGGUUGUCAAGAUAAAAGUAUUGCGUGCAAGCCCCUGUUGUGACGUAACAUGCAUAUUUACAAAAUCGAAGAUGGCGGACAUUUCAUUUCUUUCGAUUAAAAUAUUUCUAAAAGUAAGCUCGAUGUGAAAAAACGGUAAAAGAGUUUUAUAUAUGGUUUUAAAUGUUCCUUCAAACGAGAAUAUAAAAAAUAUAGUGCUAUUUCCCUUUAAAUGAAAAAUAGGUUAUAAUGUACCGGGUGUCCCAAAAAAAAGUACUCCGGUUUGAUUCGAAAUAACUUCUAAACAAGUAAAGCUUUUAAAGAGAAAUAACUUGCAUCAAAUAGAGGAAGGACUAACUUAGAUUAUGAUAUAUUACAGUUGUAUUUCACCUAAAAAUUCACGGAGAUAUUAAUGUUUAAAAUCGGGAGCAUAUUUCUUGAUGUGUCUGAAAUAUGCCAAAAACAGCGUAUCAAAUAUUAAUCAAGAUUUACCCGACUGAAACAUGCACUAUUACCUGUAAAUAAAUGACACUUGACAAAUUGUUUAUUAUGAAACAAAGUAUUAUUAUCUACAAAAUACAAGCAAGAUUUAUUCGUCCGAUAUCCGCGUGUGUUCCUAGCACGAAUACGUUUCCUUAUUUCAUGAGACCACUGCAUCGUGAAGGAUCGUCAUGGAUCGUUCGUAGUUCUGAAUUAGGGCAUGCUGUCACAUUGGAAUUGUGAAUUUUCUAACUUCACAUUGAAUGAAUUUUCUAACUUCUGCAACGUUCUGAAAUCUUGUUAAGAACACCCAAACUCUUUUGCCUUUCUUAAUCUUGGCAAGUUCAGAAUAAACUGAGAAUGCAACACAAUCAAACCAUACAACUCCUUAAGCAAAGACAUAACAAGCAUGCAACUCCCCAGAGACAUCCAACAUUUUUGGAACAAAACGUAACAAAAUAGUAGCUUUGAUACUGUGAUGUGUAUUUGCAAAAAGCAAUAUUAUUUCCUCCAUUAAAGAACAAUAUUAAUCCUGCUCUAACCGAGAAAUAAUCAACUUUGUUUUGAACCCAUGAAAAACAUAAAAAAUAGGUUAUUUAAGAAAAAUUGAAGCGCCUGCCUUGCAUGGUCUUUCAGUACCUUAAGUUUGCAAAGACCUAUUAAAUACUUACAUAAUUUCGAACGUUCAUAUUUCAGGAAACAAUAAGUUAAGACUUACAUGUAAGAUGUCUAAAUCUACGCCAUAUCCCUUACAAACCCUAACGACAAUUCGUUGAAAUACAAUUUACCCUGAUAUGUCAUUAAGCAAACAAACGCUGGAGUUAAAAUUUAAUACGCCGAUUUUCGCUAAUUUUAGACACAUCCCAAAAUAUGCUCCCGAUUUUGAACAUUAAUAUCUCCGUGAAUUUUUGAGUAAAAUACAACUGUAAUAUAUCAAAAUCUAAGUUAGUCCUUCCUCUAUUUAAUGCAAGUUAUUUCUGUUUGAUAGCUUUCCUUGUUUAGAAGUUAUUAUAAAUCAAACCCGAGUACUUUUUUUUGGGACACCCGGUAUAUAUUUCUUUUUCUAUAGGCCUCGUUGGGGGUUCGUUUUAUACAGAACAAGGUGGUGCUUCUGAUUACCUGUGUUUGCCAUUGAACCCAAUAUAUGGUCUAUAUAAAUCUGGUAAUCAAGAAUCUCGUGCUCGCAUUUAUGGCGCUGAAUAUCAAUCAGAAUCUGAUGGCAUAUUUCCCAGCAGCCUGUACCAGCACGAUGUUCCUUGUUCCGUGUGUCAUGUGACCAAUCGUGCUUCUCAAAUUAUGAUACCUGCUCGUAACGUUUGCCCGAGUGGAUGGACACGUGAAUACCAAGGAUACCUCAUGGCGGAAAAAUAUUCUCACUGUCGUACAAUGCAUACAUGUGUGGAUAAAGACCCUGAAUACAUACCAGGAAGCAGUGCCAAUGCCAACGGAGCAUUAUUUUAUUUCGUUGAAGGAAAAUGUGGCUCACUUCCCUGCCUACCAUAUGUCGACGGACGUGAGCUGACAUGCGCUGUAUGCACUCGUUAA